AUGCCCGACGACGCGCGCAUAGAAUCCUACCGGGUGCCGAAAAUUCCGCCCUUCUGGCGUCAGGCCGCGGAAGCAUGGUUCGUUCAAAUCGAAGCAUCGUUUCGAUCAGCGGGUAUCACUGUAGAUCGUACCAAGUCCGAUUGCCUGCUUACCGGCAUCGACGCGGAGACAAUCGCUCAUGUCUUAGAUUUAGUCACGGCGGACCCACCGCCGGAAAAUCUGUACAAGCCGCUCAAAGAUCGGAUACUCGCGACGUUCGCGGUUUCACCGGAAGCCCGUUUACAUCAACUUCUUAAAGGUCAGGUUUUGGGGGAUCAGAGACCCUCUCACCUGCUAAAUCACAUGAAACAGCUCAAUGGCGGGCAGUGCAGUACUACCGUCUUGAGAUCUCUGUUUAUCGAGCUUUUGCCCGACGCACAUAAAGCCAUUUUGGUCGCGACUAAUGAACCUGAUCUGCAGAAAUUAGCAGAAAUCGCGGAUAAACUCGCGGACAUUAACGGUCCCAGUUCCGCAGUCGCCGUUGUCGCGCCUAACAAAGAAUCCAAAGGCGCUCGUCCUAAAGCUCCCUUGAGCACUGACGAGCGGAUCGAUAAGCUUACCAAGCAAAUCCAAUCUUUGAGCACCUCGGUCGCAAAAUUGCGCCGAGAUAGAUCUACCUCCCGCAAGCGUAAUAAUAAGCGUGGUGAUGAAGCAGCUAAGUCUGAUGAUAAGACAGGCUACUGUUUCAUUCACCGUAAAUACGGGAAAAAAGCCACGUCCUGCCGCAAGCCUUGCUCGUGGAAAGAUGACGCGGCGGAAAACUAA